AUGGGCUUUGCGGCGCCGCCGCUUGACAAGCGGAUUCUCAAGAAGCGUUAUGUCGAGUUGGCAAAGAAGCACCACCCGGAUCAGAGCGGGCCGGAGGCUUCUGUGGACCGCAUGGCGAGUGUGACGGAGGCGUACAAGACUCUGCAGCACUUAUUAGAAGACGGAAGACGUGGAGUCUCCUCGUUCAACUCGCGGCGAAGCCAUACCAGUGGCGGCGGCGGCGGCAGCAGCAGUGAUGGUGGUGGUAAUAGUAGGGAUGACAUGAGGGCCGAAGCCGCGUCGUUCGUUGCCCCUGGGGCCACGCUCAGCAUGGCGGGAUGGACGUUGCCUUGGCAGCGCGGCCCCACCACGUCGGCACGACGAGAGAAGGAGCGGCACCUGCGCGAAGAGGCCACUUCGCUCUACAACUAUGUGAAGCAGGUUAGGGCGCUGGAGCGGGAGGAUGCGGCGCGUGAGGCGCGUCUAAAGGCGGAGAUGAAGUCGUCGGAGGGAUCGCACGGCUUCACCGCGGAGCAUUUCGAGGAAACACGUCGGAUGCAGCAGCGCGACGUGCCGUGGCGGGCGCAGCGGGAGUCACUGCUCCGUCUCUGGUGGAGGUAUCACCGGCAACGCCUCUCCAAGGCGCCGCGGCGCUGGUGGAACGCAGCUCGGUAUGUGCUGCUUGGACAUUAG